AAGAUGAUAGAAAUGGCUACAAUAAAGAAAUGUUAAUGUCCUAAUCUUGACAAUGCAAACCUGCAUAUAUAUAAUGGAAAUGACAACAUUUGGCUGACAAAAUCAACCAUUUUCUCCAGACCUUCAAAGAUGGACUUCAUUUACACUAUCAUUACCUUUGUAAUAAUUCUAGUACUACUUCUUGUUGUAAUCUUCUUAGCUCUGAUGCUAAAACUCUACGCGGGAAAAGACAUCAGAAAUCCACAAUACUCUCCGGUGGCUGGGACUGUUUUUCAUCAGCUGUUUUAUUACAACAGGCUCCAUGACUAUAUGACGGAUCUUGGGAGAAGACAUCGUACGUUUAGGCUCCUUGCUCCAGAUCAAAGUGAACUAUAUACAACUGAUGUGCAAAAUAUUGAACAUGUACUUAAAACCAGUUUUAGUAAGUACUCCAAAGGUGAAACGAAUGUCAACAUAAUAACUGACCUGUUUGGGCAAGGUAUCUUUGCUGCUGAUGGUGUUAAGUGGCGCAAGCAGAGAAAGUUUGCAAGUCAUGAGUUCUCAACAGGGGUUCUUCGGGACUUCAGCUGUGCAAUUUUCAGAAAGAAUGCAGCAAAACUAGUUAAAACUGUGUCUGAAUUUUCCUUGGCUGGCAUGGCUUUUGAUAUACAGGACCUGCUAAUGAGAUGUGCCUUACAAUCUAUAUUUAAAGUUGGAUUCGGAGUUGACUUAAAUUGCCUGGAAGGAUCAGGUGAAAAAGAAAAAACAUUCAUCAAGGCUUUUGAUGAUUCAAAUGCAUUAACAUAUUGGCGAUAUGUGGAUCCAACUUGGCAGCUGAAGCGGUUUUUUAAUGUUGGAUCAGAAGCUUCUCUUAAAAAGAACAUAAAAAUUAUGCAAGAUUAUGUCCAGAAUUUGAUAAGUGAAAAAAGAGAACAGUCAGAAUUGCAACAUAAUGCAAAUGAAAAGGAGGAUAUGCUGUCAAGAUUUCUGUUGGAGAGCAAGAAGGAUCCAGAAAAUAUGAAUGAUCAAUACCUCAUGGACUUAAUUUUGAAUUUCAUAAUUGCUGGUAAAGAUUCAACUGCAAAUACACUCUCAUGGUUUUUCUAUGAGGUUUGCAAGAAUCCGAUUGUACAGGAGAGAAUAUUACAGGAGAUCAGAGAAGUGCUUGGCAGCAAGUAUGAUGAAAGUAGCAUUGAAGAUUUCGUAGAAACUAUAAGUGAUGAAAUACUUGAAAAAAUGCACUACCUUCAUGCAGCUUUGUCUGAGACCUUGAGGCUAUACCCUGCAGUCCCUCUUAAUGGAAGGUGUGCUGAAGAAGAUGACAUUCUUCCUGAUGGUUAUAAAUUGAAAAAAGGAGAUGGUGUAUAUUACUUAGCAUAUGCAAUGGGAAGGAUGCCUUAUAUAUGGGGAGAUGGUGCAGAGGUUUUCAGACCAGAGAGAUGGUUAAACAGUGAUGGAAUUUUCAUGCCUGAAUCACCCUUCAAGUUCAUCGCGUUUCAUGCUGGACCGCGAAUCUGUCUUGGCAAAGAUUUUGCUUACCGUCAGAUGAAGAUAUUAACAAUUGCUCUUCUACGGUUUCUUCAAUUUAAACUAGCUGAUGAGAAGGAAAAUGUGACUUAUAGGACUAUGUUUACGCUUCAUAUAAAUGGAGGGCUUCAUCUUCGUGCAGUUCAGAGGCCAGCCUAAUUUUGUUUCUCACAUCAUGUAUAAGAUUGAAAUGUUGACACUUCCCUUGUGUUUUUGAAAAAGGUUAAAAUUCAAGUAAGAAUCUGCAGGAUCCUUUCUAUUUUGUUUUGUAAGAGAAGCUUAU